GGGGAGACGAAGAUCUUGAAGCUGAAGAACCUUCGUCCUCAAGACUAUGCCAACUACAGCUGCAUCGCUUCCGUUAGGAACGUCUGUGGCAUUUCCGACCGAAACAUCGUCUUCAAACUCACCAACAAGACAGGUUAGUCUUCAAACUCACCAACAAGACAGGGUUGAUUGAUUUAAUUUUACAAUUUAAAAUUAAAUCCUCCCGAGUGGCGCAGUGGUCUAAGGCACUGCAUCGCAGUGCUAGCUGUGCCACUAGAUCCUGGUUCGUAUCCAGGCUCUGUCGUAGCCGGCCGCGACCGGGAGACCCAUGGGGCGGCGCACAAUUGGCCCGGCGUCGUCCAGGGUAGGGGAGGGAAUGGCCGGCAGGGAUGUAGCUCAGUUGGUAGAGCAUGGCGUUUGCAACGCCAGGGUUGUGGGUUUGAUUCCCACGGGGGGUAUGAAAAAAUAAAAAAAAUAAUGUAUGCACUCACUAACUCUGGAUAAGAGCGUCUGCUAAAUGACUUAAAAAAAUAAAAAUAAAAAAACACAAUACAUCCACAAAUGUGGAUUCAAUGCAUAGAAAAAUGUGUCGAGAAUAACACAAAAAAAGUUAAAUACUUAUUUCCAUUGUGGUCCUCUUCAAAAACAUCAAAUGUUACACAUUCACAGCUAAAAGCUGAAUUGUAGUAAACAUCACAUGGCCAAAAUAAUUAAACAACUGUGCAAAGAUUAAAACAUAACACACUUGAAUAGUCCUCUUGAUAACAGUGGUUGCUCUCCCUGGGAAUAGCUUGCAGAACUAGCCAGCCAGUGUCCUACACUGUCCAAACAUAAACAAAUAUAAUGUUGUCUUCAAACUCACUAACAAGACAGGGUAGUCAUCAAACUCACCAAUGAGACAGGUUAGUACCAUAACAUCGUCUUCAAACUCACCAACAAGAGGGGUUAGUCUUCAAAGUCAUAAACAAGACAUGUUAGUCUUCAAACUCACUAACAAGACAGGUUAGUAGCUUAAAACUUAAAGCCGAUUUAUGGUCAAUCCGUAUCUGCAGUUGUCGUACAGCAUUUACGGCGAUGCGGCCUCUGCAGAAGUCAGAGCAUUCAUACUUCUUGCGCUUCGGGGAGCUGUCAUACGCAUCCAAUAAAUUGGUCUGCACCACUUAAAAGGCACCACUCGUAGGGCUAAUCUCAAUAGCCAGCCAGCUAAUUACGAGCAAUUGGCUAAACAAAAAGACAAGACCUUACCUCUUCUGAGAUGUUGGAGUCCAUUUCCCUGUGCUUGACAUAGGAGCUCAGCCAAGAUAGCAUGAAGUAAAAACCGGGACCAUUAUCCCACCUGCAUCUCCGCUUCAACCCUUAAUUUUUUUUUGCUUUAUGAGCUUGUCCUGCAACUGCCUCCACUUCUUGUGGUAAAGAGGUCAAUAGAAUUAGACCAAAACAAUGGAAAUGCCAUGGAAAUGUGUUGGGGAAUGAUGCCGUGAGGGAAAGAUCCCGAAUCUCCUCAUUGCCCCCAGCAAAAUUAGCCUGCAAUUAGGCUAUGUGUAUUUUACACUAUGCUGAGGUAAAAAUCGGAGUAUAAUGCUUGUAUGGAUGUCAUCCCCAAUACAUGUUCAUGUAAUCAUCAUCAAUCAACUGCAUUACAGUUAAAAAACGGCUUUGACUACCACCACCGAUUUCUGUAUAAUAGCUAUGCUACCAGCUUAUACGAACGGGAGUUAGCAUUUAGCAGUCACUUCUAAACCUGAAAAGGGACGACAUCAAAACGUUAUGCAGUGAAAGCAGCCAAAUAUAUCAAAAUCAGACUUUAGUAACCACAUUGUGGGCCUGUUACAAUACAUCAAUCAUGACGGAUUUGACGAAUAUCCGCUUUGUUAGAUCCGAUUUGUUGAAUGUGUGCCAAUCCAGCGUCCUUCUAUCUCCCACGGUCUGUGUUCCAUUGGCUUUUUUACCGCAUCUAUCCCCAUUAUCUCCCCAAUCUCUUUCCAGGAGUUCAAACUCAUUUUCAUGUCUUUGAAAUCCCUACAUGAGGUAUCAUAAAGAUGUUUAUAUUUACGAACUUGUUCUGAUAGCCUUUCGUCAAAGUUCUCCAUGUUUGUUGUGAAGGACGUUGUCAAAGAAGUGAGUUUGUGUUUGUACAGGAUGUACCACCCCCACCUACCGUUAACCUAUUAUGUCAGUGCGGAGCUAUACAGAGCUAUGCAGAGCCCUUUGCAAUGUUACGGCAUCGCCGUAAGGAGCUUGAUUUGGCGUCCGGAGGCUCCGCAAUUGCGUCACACCCUUCAUACAGAGCCUCGGCACCGUAUUGCCGGAUCAAGCAUAAAUCAUGUUUUACCAACAAGACAGGUUAGUCUUCAAACUCACCAACAAAACAGAUUAGUCUUCAUGCUCACCAACAAGACAUAUUAGUCUUCAAACUCACCAGCAAAACAGAUUAGUCUUCAAACUCACCAACAAGACAGAUUAGUCUUCAGACUCACCAACAAGACAGUUUAGUCUUCAAACUCACCAACAAGACAUAUUAGUCUUCAAACUCACCAGCAAAACAGAUUAGUCUUCAAACUCACCAACAAGACAGAUUAGUCUUCAGACUCACCAACAAGACAGUUUAGUCUUCAGACUCACCAACAAGACAGUUUAGUCUUCAAACUCACCAACAAGACAUAUUAGUCUUCAAACUCACCAAGAAAACAGAUUAGUCUUCAUGCUCACUAACAAGACAGAUUAGUCUUCAAGGUCGCCAACAAGACACAUUAGUCUUCAAACUCACCAGCAAAACAGAUUAGUCUUCAAACUCACCAACAAGACAGAUUAGUCUUCAGACUCACCAACAAGACAGUUUAGUCUUCAGACUCACCAACAAGACAGUUUAGUCUUCAAACUCACCAACAAGACAUAUUAGUCUUCAAACUCACCAAGAAAACAGAUUAGUCUUCAUGCUCACUAACAAGACAGAUUAGUCUUCAAGGUCGCCAACAAGACAUAUUAGUCUUCAAACUCACCAGCAAACAGAUUAGUCUUCAAACUCACCAACAAGACAGAUUAGUCUUCAAACUCACCAACAAGACAGAUGAGUCUUCAGACUCACCAACAAGACAGUUUAGUCUUUAAACUCACCAACAAGACAGGUUAGUCUUCAAACUCACCAACAAGACAGAUUAGUCUUCAAACUUACCAACAAGACAGUUUAGUCUUCAAACUCACCAAAAAGACAGUUUAGUCUUCAAAUUCACCAACAAGACAUAUUAGUCUUCAAACUCACCAAGAAAACAGAUUAGUCUUCAUGCUCACUAACAAGACAGAUUAGUCUUCAAGGUCGCCAACAAGACAUAUUAGUCUUCAAACUCACCAGCAAAACAGAUUAGUCUUCAGACUCACCAACAAGACAUAUUAGUCUUCAAACUCACCAACAAGACAUAUUAGUCUUCAAACUCACCAACAAUACAUAUUAGUCUUCAAACUCACCAACAAGACAGGUUAGUCUUCAAACUCACCAACAAGACAGGUUAGUCUUCAAACUCACCAACAAUACAUAUUAGUCUUCAAACUCACCAACAAGACAUUAGAUUCAAACUCACCAACAGAUUUAGUCUUCAAACUCACCAAAACAAACAGUUUAGUCUUCAAACUCACCAACAAGACAUAUUAGUCUUCAAACUCACCAACAAGACAGGUUAGUCUUCAAACUCACCAACAAGACAGUUUAGUCUUCAAACUCACCAACAAGACAGGUUAGUCUUCAAACUCACCAACAAGACAUAUUAGUCUUCAAACUCACCAACAAGACAGUUUAGUCUUCAAACUCACCAAAAAAUACAGUUUAGUCUUCAAACUCACCAACAAGACAGUUUAGUCUUCAAACUCACCAACAAGACAGGUUAGUCUUCAAACUCACCAACAAGACAGAUUAGUCUUCAAACUCACCAACAAGACAGUUAGUCUUCAAGUCCCAACAAGACAAGUUAGUCUUCAAACUCACCAACAAGACAGUAUUAGUCUUCAAACUCACCAACAAGACAUAUUAGUCUUCAACUCACCAACAGACAUUAGUCUUCAAACUCACCAACAAGACAGGUUAGUCUUCAAACUCACCAACAAGACAGUUUAGUCUUCAAACUCACCAACAAGACAUAUUAGUCUUCAAACUCACCAACAAGACAGUUUAGUCUUCAAACUCACCAACAAGACAUAUUAGUCUUCAAACUCACCAACAAGACAGGUUAGUCUUCAAACUCACCAACAAGACAGUUUAGUCUUCAAACUCACCAACAAGACAGGUUAGUCUUCAAACUCACCAACAAGACAUGCAUCAUAAAGUCUAUAAGUAAACACCAAACCUCUAUCCUCUUCCUCUCCAGUGUCUCCGUCCAUCAAGCUGCUAGUGGAGGACCCCAUCGUGGUGAAUCCUGGCCAGACGGUGUCCCUGGUAUGUAUCACUACGGGUGGGGAGCCCAAACCAACGCUGAGCUGGGUCAGCAGCUCCGACAGCCUGCCUGAGAAAAGCGUGGUAAAGGGUGGAACACUCACCCUGCCGGCCAUUACCUCAGACGAGGCUGGGGUAUACAGCUGUGUGGCCACUAACAACGUGGGCAACCCGGCCAAGAAGUCUACCACGAUAGUGGUCAGA